ACUGUCGCGGUUUGUAUUUUUUGUGUGUCGGUAGUCGGAACCCAACCUAAGUCUGCGCGAACUGCGAAGUAUCACAAGGAAACGAUUUGGGAUUGGGAGGAAUGGCAAAAACAAAGCAUCAAAACUCGAAACCUAAAAGAAAGCCUCACGUCAAAAAGCAGGGAAACGUGACUGAUAUGCCUCAGUUCUGUGCUCAGCUUGAUGCAUUGGGCCUAAAAAUCCUCCAAGUGACUGCAGAUGGUAAUUGUUUCUUCAGGGCCCUUGCAGAUCAGUUGGAAGGCAAUGAAGAGGAACAUAAGAAGUACCGCAGCAUGGUGGUAGAAUAUAUUUUGAAGAGUCGUGAAAUGUUUGAACCAUUUAUUGAGGAUGAUAUCCCAUUUAAUGAAUAUUGCCAAUCCAUGGAAGAGGAGGGCACAUGGGCUGGACAUAUGGAAUUGCAAGCAGCUUCCCUUGUCACACACAGUAAUAUAUGCAUUCACAGGAACAUGUCGCCUCGGUGGUACAUCCGUAAUUUUGAUGAGCAUGGAGCUUGCAUGGUCCAUUUAUCUUAUCAUGAUGAAGAACACUAUAAUAGUGUGCGGUUAAAGGAAGACCCUUCUGAUGGGCCAGCUAGGCCAAUCAUCAUCAAGGUGGAUGCUGAUCUUUCAGCAACAGCUCAUCAACCAAAAGCUGCAGUUGCACGGUCUAGAGGAGGAACUGGUGCGGAUAUUAUCCAUGCUGGAUCCAUCAAAAUGGUAAUGGCAGGAACUGGAUGUCAAGAUGCUGAAAAAGUUAAACAGGUUUUAGAAGAAGUACAUGGUGAUGUUGACCUCGCAAUAGAGUUUCUGAUAGCAGAACAAGUAGCAGAAGAGUACUUCGUGCAAACUGAUUCACUUCAUGGUCAGUCGGAUACUUCCUAUGGUGUUGGUGUAGAUGGAAACUGUGAGCAACAUGAUGAAGAACCCAUAGAGAAGACCUAUUUGAAAGAUGCCUCCAGUAAUAGUGUUAAAAGAAGUCAUGGUGAUAGUAGUUCCCAACCAGAUGACAAGAAGAUCUCAAGAAAUAAGGCCUGUCCAUGUGGUUCAAAGAAGAAAUACAAAGCUUGUUGUGGAGCAGUCACUGGGAGAUCCUCUGCUAAGUUUGUAAUUAACCAAUCAGUUGAUUCCAGAAAGAAAAGGGAAUGGAAGCAAGGCAAGAAAGGUGGACCUGAUAAAGCUGCACCAACUUGUGGAUCUGAUGGAGAGCCACCCGACAUGGGUGCGCUUUGUAUUUGAUCUUGAUCUGAGAGUAUAAUACCGCUUAUUGGGAUGCUCUGCUCGCUCAAAAAGAGAGGAAUUACUGGCAGCACAGUUAAUGUCGCUAAUGGAAAUCCAUUUAAACAUUUGCAUGCGUACCAGACCUAAAAAAAUGCGCUCCCAAGAUUAAUGGAGUUACAUAAUUACUUCGCUGUGAAGCUUCUGCACACAUGAAACUGGCUUGUCAGCAUAGAUGUGCUCCAUACAAGGAAUGCCAGAUUACAAUGUUGUUACAUGUACUCAUAGAUUAGAGUUACAUUAAAUUGUGGAAAAGAAAUGUUCACUAUUGAAAUGGGAUUAUGGAAUUAUGGAAGAUUUGAUGAAAUAUUCUUUGAACAUCCUGUGGCCUUCUUUGAAGUUGGUUGAUGGAGUUGUGUAUAUC